AUGUUAGCCCUCGAGAACAACCAAUACAAACAAAGGGUUGGUAAAAUCGAGGCUGAACACCUCAGAAAUAUUACCUUCAUGGAGGCUCAGAGUCAGGAAGGUCAAGAAGAAGAAAUUGCCAGACUCGAAACUAGCUACAAAAAGCAAUGGACAGCUGGGAAGAGGAACAGAAAGCCGCCAUUAAAGAUGAGAAUGACGAGUACGAGGAAGAACUCGCAAUACUUGAGAGCGACUCGUACUGAGCUAAUUAAGGACUUUGAGGAAGAGGAUUUGGACCAUGAAGAGUCAAAUAAAGCGCGAAUCGAAAAGGUUGAGAAGGAAGGCCGGAAAUGCUUUUCUGAACUCCAGAGUACUCACGAACUCCGGAUGGCGAAGUUGGAAAAGGCUCAAAAGGAGAGCAUGGGACAUCAGUAG